AUGGUCGUUGGCUCAUUGUUUGGUACCAGUUGUGUACCGGUUCUUCACUUUGUUCAACCACCCCCGCACAACGUUCGCUUAUCAACAGCAUUCAGCAUUACAGUGUCGUUAUCAGUUCGACAACCAACCCAGUUACGAUUGCUGCUAAUCAAUGCGAAUGACUUAAAGCCACAUAAGCGAUUCACAAUUCAACCAAAGCAAUCCCCUCGAUUCAUACAAUCAACCACCUAUAAAUUCGAAGGUUUGCGUAUAGAGGAAAUGGCUGUACAACAGCAACACUCUCUAGUCACUUCAAUGGAGUCUGAACUGUCCACUGAAGCUGGCAGCUGCAUGAAUGGAACAGACUCGUUGAAUGGCAACAUACCUGAGAAAUGCAAUGAGGCUGACUGGAGUGAUACUCAGAAAUCUAAUGCCAAAAUUAUGAUCGAAGCGUCAUCGCCAAAUGCUUCGGUAACGCUCCUUUCAGAUGAAAUCACUAUUGAUAACGAGCCAUUCGUAUUCGUUGAGUUGAGUCAUCAAGUAAUCGAGAAGCCAAAUGAAACUGUUUGGGUUCUUUUGAACAAGGAACCAACUGAGUUGAAUGUUGUACUCUCUGACAGCAAACGUGUGGAACCAGUCGAUGCCGUGAAACUUUAUGGAAAGUUGGUUAUAUUCACACUACCCUCUCAACUGCACCCGACAAGUGAUACAGCUGAGAGCAGACAAUUACCGCAAACAGCAAACGUCGUGAACGGUGCUGAUGAGUUUGAAAGCAAUGAUUCCAAAGAUGUGCUGAGAACGGCCGAAGAAUCCAGCAAAGAGCAACGAAAUUCAGCAGAGGAGCUCGGGAACGGCAACGAGAGAACAGUAGCCGAAGUUGCCGACUCAAAAGCAACUGAGUCAGAUGUUGGGGCUGCCGGAUCUUCGUCAACAGAUCCUACGGCUAUUCUAACAGCAAAACAACCGCCGUCAACAAACGAAAUGGAAUCUGAAUCAAAAACGACGGCCGAAACUGUCGUUGAGAGUUCUCCAGAGGUCAUUGCUGCGCAUGGAAAUACUCCAUUAUCGUUAACAAAUUUGAAAAUUAUUCUUCAAUGCGGCAAACAACAAAUUAUACUUCCAAUCAGAUUUCAGCUCAGUGUGACGAAUACCACUGAAGCGAUCAACAAUGAAGAGUUCCGAUCAACGCAGUUAAGUUCGCUAUUUAAUUUCGCCUCGGGCGGUGAUCCAUUGGCACUGCUAUCACCGUUUGCCCAUUUACUCAAUGAAACAGAUUCAGAUGGAUGCAAAACCCUUAAAAUGGAGCGCUCAUUAUAG